GGGUUAGACAAGCAGUAUGGCGGAAGAAGAGAGUGAAUUGGAGUUAGACACGUUUAAGAAAGGAUUGGACAGUUUGUUAAAGAGUAGUGCAACGGAUGAACGCGGACUCCAGAGCAAGACCUAUUGUGAACGAUUUUGCGAGCUGGUUGUGGAGCAGACAGGACGAUGGCAGGUGCCUCUUCCCCAGCUCCAGGUGUUGCGGAGUGCCCUGUGUUCUUUUGUACAGGGUGUGGAAUCUUUCCCCCCAGAAUGUGAGCAUGUGCAAUACACGCUGAGUAGCCUGGCCCUGAGUGUCUUUGAACUGCUGUUGUUUUUUGGAAAGGAAGAAUUUGUGGAGCAUCCGUUAAAAGACAUUCUAGACUCAUUUCAGGACUGCUACGCAUGCCUGGUAAGGCACCAUAAUGUUUACCUGCUGCAGGUUAGGCAUAUUAUUAAAGAUGGAGGUCCUUGGGCAAACCCCGUACUUCAGGCUAUUCUCAAGAAUUCAGAACUACCACAAAAGGAUGCGGACCGAUAUCUGAGCUCAGAAGUGUCUAUUUUCUUUGAGCUACGUGUACGUUACCUAGUAGCGUGUGAGAGACUUCCAGAGGCCAUUGCACUGGCGAAGAGAUGCAGCCAUCACUCUGUAGUAGGGAGGCAUCUCUACUUCAUGCAAGCCUACCUCACCUGCCUUUGGAGAGCUUCUUUCCAUGAAUGCUUCUACAAGGAGAUGGCAAAUAUUGAUGGGAAAGAUGCAGUAGAGAUGCUCUGCAUGAUGGAGAAUGAGGAGAAGGAUGACAUGGUUUUGACACUGAGUAAAGGCUUCCUUUCUCAGCAGCUUCAGAAUGGAGACAUGUACUACCUUUGGGAUUUGGUCUUCAUAUGGAGCAAACUGUACCUGCGAGUAAACCGCUUCAAGCAGGGCUUUCUGGAAGAAUGCAAACAAAUGAUUCUGUCAGUCACCAACAUAAAAGCAGUUUUUCCAUUUAUGAAGGUGAUUUUGGAAGAGCUGGGAAAAGAUGGCCUGGGGUUUUGUGUGGAGCUUUGUGCACGAGCCUUGCAGUCUGACCUAAAAAAUGAUCCAGUCACCAAGUCCAUCCUGUACAAGACCAUUGCACACCUUCUCCCUAAUGACCUUGAGUUCUGUAGGGCUUGUGCACUGCUGGUGUUCUUCCUGGAGCGAACCGUUGAGUCGUACAGGACUGUAUUCCUCCUAUACGCACACCCCGAUCAAGAGUACCAUGCAGACACCAGUCCUUUGGUGAACAAUGUGCGCUAUGAAGUUCUCCAGAUCCUUAAGAAAGGACUGUUAUUUGAUCCUGAGUUCUGGAGCCUUUUGAACAUUGAAACACACUGUCUGAGGCUAAUGAGCGAUAAGGUUGCUAAAGCCGCCUUGUGCGAUAUCAUGCAAAAGGACAAAUGGGCGCAAAGCUUCUGUAUGAAAGGCUUUUGUCACUGUCACACUGAUGACACAGCAAGGACUGUCGCUCAUGUAGAUAAGCCUACUAACAGAAAUGACCAAGAAGUGGAGUUGGUUGAAACACUGGUUACUCCUGCCUCAGGUGAAACAUCCUCUAAGCCUCCAGGCAAGAAGCGUGGCAGGAAACCAGGGUCAAAACUUGUGAAAUAUCCAGAUCCCUGUCCAGUCCGUCAGUCAUUAAGGCAAAUCGACGUGGCAAAAAAUCAUGCCAGGCAGCUUAAUAGCAGGUUUCAGAGAUUCCUGGCCCGACAGGCAGAGGGCACAACUCGCAGGGGUAGGAAACCACAGUGGCUUUUAGAGGAGUUGGCUGCUCAGGCAGAAAACAGUGUGCCUCAACAAGGCAAGAAACGAGGAAGGAAACCAAAGCAGUCAGAUGUUUUAAAGGAGAUUUUAGUUGAUGCACCAGUCAAUGAAAUCCCAUUGAAAUUUUCUUACCCUGAUAAUGAAGUUGAACUCUCUUCUGAGACUGAAGCCUCACUGUUUUCCACAGAGACCCCUCAAGUGACUGAAAGCAGCACUGUCAAAACCAAAACUGCACAUCAAGAGGUCUCAAAAUGGCCACCUAACAGUAGUAGUUCUCUUCUCAAGUUGCUAUCAGUAGAAACUUCGGCAUGUAAAAAGAAAGACUACAGAGUCGGGGAGGAAGUUGUUUUCACGGAGCAAGGCCUUUCUAUCAUUCAAAAAUUCCAUACAUAUUCAAGAGUGACUGAUUUAGAAGAAAUAACCAUUGGAAUAUUAUCCAGAAAUCAAGAGGUUAAGCCAGAUGCUAAUGAAUUCAAGAAAGAAAGACUGGUGCAAUCCACUGAAGGUACCACACAGACUGAUGCUACACAAAUCCCAGCUAUAAAUUUAGAGACCUCCACACCUGUCGAAGCUGCUUCUGGGCCAACAGAAGAAUUAAUUGUAGAACCAAAAGCUAAUCUUGCUGUAUUAUGUCCCCAAACUGUGAACACCAAAUGCCCAGAAAACACUGUCAGUCCUCCAGAAAAUGUUAAUGUUGAUCUUCCACCAGAAGCGACGAGUUUCACCGCAGCCGAUAUCAUUCCUGUACCUGGUUGCAUGCCAGCGAACACGACAACGGAGAACAUGAGAACUGAGGAUGCUCCUGCAGUUCUCACUGAAGUGACAAGUGUCCCUGAUGAUGCAGUGGCUGUUUUGAGUAAAUCUGAGGUUCCUGUGUCCUCUGAAAUUGUACACAAAGAUACCACAAUGUCUGAGUUGCCAGCAGGGCCACAAUCACCUGCUGAGGUGUUGCAGGAUACGCAUACAGAUGUUAAUAAUUGUCUCCCUGACCUCAUCUCAACAAGUGUUGGCAGUGAGCGGCUUUCGACAAAAUGCAGCCUUUGUAAUAAAGAAACCAAAUACCAGUACAUUCUGCGGCAUGCAAUGUGGCAUUACCGCACUGACAGAAAGUGUAUGUUCUGUCAUAAACGCUACACUCAUGGGCGUAGCCCAUCAGUCCAUUUUAAACUGCACAUUCAGGAGCUGAAAAAAUCCAAUGGACGGUUCAAAGAAAAUAUUUGCAAGAGUGUUACUGAACUACCUGAGACGGCCAAACAAAAACUGCUUAAACGUAUGAAUCGGUCAGUGCAGAAUAAGUUUAGAAACAUUAAAAUGAGGUUAAACAGUAGUUUAAAUGUUGCAGAUUUGCACAAGGAAAAGCAUGGUUCAGAGUCUCAAGUAAGACUGCGGACAAGGUUAGCUAAGAAUUCAGAACCCACAAAUACAUUGGAAGAAGAAGAAGAGGAGAAGGUUUGCAGGAAGAAACGACGAUUGAGGAGAGUUUUGGCACGGAAAUCUCAAUCCACAGAUGAGAACAAGAAGUUCAGGAUGAGACUUGCAAGGAAGAGAGCAAAGACUAUGCAGGUUCCAGAGGAAGAGGAUUCCAAUACCACAGGCAACUCUGCUAAUAGAUUAAAUGGAAUGAUCAGGAAAAGGAAAGUUAGAAAGGUGAAAAAAGAGGAAGAUGCCUCCGAUGAAAAGACAUUGUUAACAGAAGACAGCAGUCAGCAGAAAAUUGAGUUUAUUGAACAUGCAGAUAAGAAUGCGCCGGCUGAUGUUGUCAAGACUGAAUCUGAGAAUGUAGAGUUAACUAACCUUGAUGGCAAAGACAUAAUCGAGUCAGAAAUGAGAGGAAAUGAUUCAACGAUGCUGAACUCUGCAAAGAGGCUUCCACAAGGUGACCAUAAAAAGGAUGUAGUAGCUGUAAAGAAGAGAAAGAUAAUUCCAAAGGUUGUUUCUGAGAAACAAGAACACAAGGAGAAUGCUUCAGCAGCUAAGGAGAUCAAUACGAUAGGGCAGAAAAAAGGGACUCCGACUAAGCCUAAACAACGCUCCACAUUAUUCCAAGGAAAGAGAACGGGAGCAUCUACAGAGGUGAGAUGCCCUGUGGAGAUUUGUACCUUUAGUGCAAAGUCAAUCCUCGUCCUCUCCCAUGUGCUUUCGCACCACCACGGCGACAAGAAAGCGCUUGUAUUCUUUUUUAAUUUCGGAAAGGAAAAAUGUCUUUUCUGCAGCAGAAAGGUAUGUAAUGCCCAGCAUUUUUUUGACCAUGUGAUGUGCCACAGAGGUGAGCUGAAGCACCCAUGCUACCAUCAUGGCUGCAAGGAAAGGUUCCAAACACGCGUUGAGCUCAGCGAUCACAUGUUAGGCCAUCAUCCAUUGAGAGCAAUCUGCUGCUUCCCUGGUUGUCCUAUGCAAGUUGAUAGUAUUCUGCACCUGUAUAAACAUGAAAGAACACAUUAUAGACUCGAUGCAAAUUUGGAACAAAAUUUACUCCCUAUUAAAGUAGAACUAACUCAAGAUGGUACGGAGCGCAACAUGGAGCCAGCGACAGAUUCUUUAAAAAGUCAAUUAGUUCAUGACACUGUAAAGCACAAGGGUCCGGCAAAUCAAGAUGAUGAGGUUAAACAUUUGGUCUUAAAUAAGGGUGCAGUAAAUUACAGUAGCAAGAACAGUAGCCUUAUUAAUGGACAUAGCGAGAGUGACAAAGAAGUUCCAGACAAACCUUCCAAUACAGCCACUAAGAAGCAGGAACCACCAGUGUCAGGAAAACCUGCCACUAAACAAUUCAUUCGGCCUCCUCCAUCAGCGUAUCUGGAUGAGUCUUACCUUAGCAUGCCAAAGCGCUGGAAGGAACACCAGGUGGGCUCAAAGUUAUUGGGUACUGUGUCAAGCGGAGUCACAAACACUAACAGGCAGCGUUGCUCUCGAUGUUUUGAGUCUUUCAGCAGUGAGGAGGAGCUCCAAACACACAAGGAUAAAUGCACAUCCCUAUUUGGCUUUGAUUCAGAUGAUGAAAGUGCCUCCUGAGAAGCAAUGCGGUUUUACUGAGAAGACAUUAGAAGAAUCUAAAAGCUGCUGUAGGCAAUCAGGAGUUCUUUCACGUUUGCUUCUGUCACAUGAGACCCUGUGGCAAACUAUGUGGGAAAGAAACUCAUUCACUGUAGUCCAGUAUGACUGAUCUGCUGCUUGAUUUCAGAGCGAAGUUUGAGUGCCGUUUUCUCAUUGUAAAAGAUCUGUUCCUGAUAUCCUUUAGAAUCAUGACAUUUGGGAGUACAGGGUUUUUUAUUUGGACAAAAGCAAUGGUUAUCUGGUUUAUCAGCCAAACAGUAGCCAAACUGUAAAAUAUUUUAAACCGUUUGUUUUAUUUUUGAAAUUGUCAUCAGUUGACAUGGCUUUACUAACUUAAUUCUGCUUGUCUUUUCAAUUCCGGGUUAAGAGGUCAACAAGGGCCGUGACAUUAAGUGAGACCUUGUUUUUGUUGUUUGAUAAAACGGACAAUAUUGUGUCCAGUCUUGUGUUUCAAAGCAAUGUUUUUUUAUUGGCUCAGUUGUAUACCAGUGCUAUGUAAGCCACUUCAAGCCUGGAAAAUACUGCAAGCACACUUGAAGUAAGAUUUUUAUUUAUUAUUUUUAAAGACACGAUAUUGAAAAUUAUUAAUUGCAUACUUUGCAAAUGUCAUUUAUUUGCUUGCGCAUAAUUCAAUUGACACUUGGAACAGUCUUUCAGUGAAGAACUUUUACAUCAUUUGAAAACACCUAAUGAACUGUUGGCCUCCAACCACCCAUAAAUACUGGUCUCUACGCUCUCAAGAAUGCAGAUUCUCUAUGUUCCACCCGGCCUGUUUGAAUAUUGACAUUACAUAUUCCUAAAUGACUUUGGACUUAAAUCGUAAGGGGAGAAUUAAUUUGUCUCGGAACGAGGCAUGUUUGAAAUGGUUCUGUUGACAAACAGUCUAAUUUAUUACAUUUUGUUUUGUAUUUUAUGUAAAUGUAUAAAGUGUUUAAAUAGUAUAUGGUUGAAUUGGGUGGUUGGGUUUAUAUAUCGAGAACAUUUUUGUGCUGAUUAAUAAACAUUUGAACGGGAGUUAAGUUCUUUGAUAUGCUGUAAAUUGAUGUGGUUGUUAAUAUUACAUGCAGAGAAAAAAAUAGAAGCUGCAAAUUCAGGGCUCUGAAGUCUUACGCAUUCACCGUGAGACACGCAUUUCAGCCUGUACACGCCACACCUUGUAUUUUUCACGCUGAGAAGUAAGAGAGAACUCGUCCCGCUUUAUACAAUUAGUGGAAGAAGCAAGUGAAAUGUGAAGAUGAACAAAACGUGUCCGUUACAGCAUCACGUUCACGUCCGAUCACGGUGCAUCAAUGUUCCGUGUUCACAGCGCUGAGCAUCACAACCAAUCAUGGACAGCGCAUGAAAGUAAUGACCAAUCAGAAGUUUUAAUGUGUCAUCGGCGUAGAGUUUUGUUGCGGCUCGCUCGCAGAGAGCAGCAGAUAAGCUCAUUCAGACCCAUUUACUGUAUUAUAACGGUUAAUGAGUUUCAUGCAGUCCGUUUCAUCCUUUAUUAGAGAUUAUAAUUGAAGUUAAUGACUGUUUUUCGCUUGCUUUCUGUUUAGGUAUUCCCAGAUUAAAUAAAUAUUUCUUUUUAUUGCUGCUAAGAGACAACGUGAAGAUUACUAAUGCAAAAACUGCAAUGAAAUCACUCAUAAACAGUUUGUCUGCCUAACCUAUAUGACAUGCAAAGCGAUUUUAAUGUAUCAUCAUAUACCAAAAGAAUCAAUAUUUUUGUUUGUCUGUUUAAAUCGUGCAGUGCCUGUUUUUUAUAUCCUAUUUAUGUGAUCAUAUGCUCCUCUGACUCAAAGACACCAGUUCACUCAAAAAUGAAAAUUCUGUCAUCAUUUACUCACCCUCCAAACCUGUAUAAAUGUCUUUGUUCUGCUAAACACAAAUGAAUGUAUUUGGAAGAAUGUCAGUAACCAAACAGAUCUCAUCCCCCAUUUACUGCCAUAGUAGGGAAAAUAAAUACUAUGGGAAUCAAUGGGGAUGAGAUCUAUUUGUUUUUGUCUUUUUAUCAUUUAUGUUUAAAGUAUAACUUGCACUUUACAUUACAAUUAAAUUACAUUAAUCUUACAUUGUGUAAUAUUGGUGUAAAUAUGGCACAUUUGACCAGCAUUAAACAGAAAUAAACCAUGCAUGCUA